UAAGAAGAAGAUAUAAGCAAAAUCUUAGUUUCCCGUAAGUUCUUAACACUUGAUAUUAAAUUAUCAAGUGAUAUACUGUCCAUGACUAAUAUUGUAGUGUUGUGUAAAUAAUGCAUCAGCAAUGGAAGUACCUGAUAAUAGAAAGUGGAUCGAUAACCGUACUGAUCCUAAUCAGGAAGUUACUGAAGAAUUUAAAAUCGGAGUUCUUGAAUUUGUUGAGUAUGCUUUGGAACAUGAUAAAGAUAACAUUGGAGGAGGGAGUAUUAGAUGCCCUUGUAAGAAAUGCAAGUGUGCGAAAUUUCAAAUUCCAGACAUGGUAAAGUUACAUCUCUGUAAGAUGGGAUUUAUGAGUAAUUAUUAUCAUUGGACGAGCCAUGGUGAACCGAGUCCCCCAAUUCCCCCGGUGGUUGUAAGUCACUCAUAUUAUGGAAGUAGAGGCCGUAGAGAAUUAUUUGGAAAUUAUGAGCAAUUAGUAAUGGAUGCUGCAGGACCAACAAUUGGUAAUUACCUAGAGCAAGAAGGUCAAGACGAGGGAGACACAAUGCUAGAAGAUCCUAAUGAAGAAGCAGAAAGAUUCUUUGAAAUGUUGAAGGCCGCGCAAACUCCAUUAUGGGAUGGUUGUAGUAAAUAUUCCACAUUGUCAGCUUCUUUAACAUUAUUAAGUUUAAAAGCAGAAUAUGGUUUUUCCCAGGGUUGCUUUAAUGCAUUGGCGCAAUUUAUCGGAAAUGCAUUGCCAGAUAGUAACACUAUGCCUAAAAAUUAUUACCGAGCGAAGAAAUCAAUUGAGGAGCUAGGUUUGGGAUGUUCGAAGAUUGAAUGUUGCCCAAAUGGAUGUAUGCUGUAUUAUAAGGAGGAUGAAGUGCUCCAAAGUUGUAAAAUAUGUGGAGAGGAAUGA